CAAUUUUCAACUCUACAGUGCCUAUAGGAAGAUGGCAAUGUCCUCCUAAACUUGCCCUCCAGUUGGCAGCAGAGCGCCUGGUUUGCGACUGGCGUUCGUGCCCGGUGCUGUUGGUGGCUGCCGUUGGUGGACCGCGCCCGCAAUUUAGUUGCCCACCACCCCAAAGCAAACAUCUAUAGUAUCCAUGUAUCAAGACAUAGCGGCACUAUUACUCUACAGAUGCGCUGUCCUUGACGGCCUUUUUGAGAAGCUUUUUACUUUGGUCUUACGACUAAGCAUCUAUUUACACUUGUCCCUUUGGAAAUUACAAGUAAAACUACCUACCUUCUGCUUCUUCCAGGCUACAACUUCCCUCUCCAACUCGAUCACACUGGCGCAAACGAUGAGCACUACACAUGCCUACACGGGCGGCAUUUUCCAGAAACCGAUAUAAUGACUCUUAACAACCGUGGGCCGUGGUCUAAGACCGAAGAUGCCCAUCUCAUGCGGCUUAUCAAGACCAAUAGCACUUUCAACUGGGUUUAUAUAGCUCAGACGCUCGGCUCACGCACCCCAAAGCAAUGCAGAGAGCGAUAUGAUCAAAAUUUAAGGCCUAUACUAAACCAUGAUCCCAUCACCCCGGAAGAAGGUAUUCAGAUUGAGCGCUUGGUAGAUGAACUAGGUAAGCGCUGGGCUGAGAUCGCACGUCGCCUCAAUGGUCGCAGCGACAAUGCAGUCAAGAACUGGUGGAAUAGCAGCCAGAAUCGCCGCAAGCCAAGUGAAUGCCGGCGAACUAGACCUAGGCUUGGCUCCCACGCUUACGGCGGCAUGAACUCUGGUCAACCCUCUCCGACUCCCGUCUCCGCUCCCAUGCCAAACUUUGGUUACCAUUCAUCGCCAUCAGACCGUCUGCUUUCGUGGCCCGUAGAUUCUCUCUCCUCGACCUCUGCGUUCAAAUCACCUCCAAACUCCCGCCGCACUACGGCUGCUAGACUAUCCGUUGUCACCAGUAGCAUGGUUGAGAUCCCUCAACCCAGAGCCUGGUCUGCCACAUCAUCCAACAGCCAUAGCUCUCUUCCGGGCUUGAGUUCGCUGAUGAAUCCGACAAAUAGACUGGAGCCGUCUCAGUACAUAUCACCUCAACCUCUCUCACAAUUAUUAACAGCGCCUCCUUCGCCCAUCUGGCAUGGCAGAGGAAAGGAUUGGCGAAUGAGCGUCUCUGCGUUGCUCGGUUGAGCGGCCUGAAGGAAAAGAGACCUGCAGUAUGCCUCUACCGGUUUGUUUUAGGUGUUGCGACCACAGCCUGACAUCUUCCGCGUUCAGACAAACAAUCAUUUGUACAACGCAAUGGACGAUCAGCAUGAACGGGAUGAACGAGACACAGACGCAGCAAGCUUCUGUCGUACUGAACAUCGGGAUGUCGGGAUGUGGAUAGCAAAUAGCAUGGACAAAGGCGAGGUCGAGCUCCUAUUGCGACGCUGGCUGGACGAAGUAGAAAACCGAUGUGCUGUAUGCUUCGUGUAUUGGUGCAGACUUUGGCCGAACCAUAUGCCCGAAGCAAACAAUAACUAUCUUCACGGCGGGCCUAUCUGCGAGCCAGUGGCUGGUCGCGAAUACCGAAGGAUGCGCACGAAAAUUCAGUUUGCCGACAAUACAUGCUGUUUUCAUUGCAAGCUGCCGUCCGACUGGUGCAAGGAAACCAAGGAUGAGAGAGGCACUAACCAAUGUACCCAUAUAGACAAGGUAUUGCUAGUUGUGCUGUCGGUCUUGGGGGAUGAGGAGCUCUGUCGUUGGGUUAUAGAUAAGUACUAAAUCGAUCCAAGGAAUAAAACCACGUGGUUUAAUGGCUAUCUAAGACGGUUAUGUUUCACGACACUAACGGAAUAAACAUGUACUUGCUAUGGGAGGCGAUCAUCCCCAAGAUAUACCGGACGAAAAUGACAGCUAACUGGCCACAAUAUCGAAUACCGACAGCACGAAAUCAUCAAGCAAGCCAAAUUGAUAUUUCGGCCUAUGCUGCUUCCACUCAACUUUCCAUGUCGGUUGUCCCUUGCACAGCAACUUCGCACCCUUCCACAGAUCGAUCUCUUGCCAUAACACCUAAUUAGGAGGGGGCCGAGCUUGGCUUUAUGCCAUCUCCAUC